AUGACAUUUAUAUCAUUCUACCUUCAAUUAGUACAUUGGACCCAGCGAGUAAAGACGAACUGGACAAAGCAGAAGGGUAGUAAAAACCAGCCGAUCAAACUUUCUGAAAAACAAGGUUCUGUCGUCAAAGCCGUUAGUAAUCAUUCCAGAAUUAAUAAUGUGGAAGAAAAAUAUAACGAACAUAGGCAAAACAUGCAAAAAAGUUAUUUAUUUAAUAUUGUUAAAAUGGAAAUGAAUGUAAUUGAAGAUGAAGGAGACACCUCGUUCAAUUAUGGAAAAUUAAAAAAACCGAAGAGAAAAAACCAAAGCCAACAAUCUCACAACUACUUUUAUCUACUUGCUGCAUUAACGAUUUUCGCUUUUGUUUUGAUUAUCAUUGCACUUAUAUUAAUUAGCCUGUUGAAAGUUGGUGUAAUCGUUCCCAAUGAGACACAAUCAUUAAAGGCAAAGAUGCAAGAUGAAGCUUUUCUGAUUCAUGAUAUGGCAAAGAGGAUUGACAAACAGGAACAAUCUAUUUCCAUUCUUCAACAUCAGAUUGACAAGAAAUCUCGCAAAAUAUCGAGAUUGGAAAAUCAACUUUCUAACAUGCAACAAAAGAUAUCUCCAAUUGGUGAUAUGUUAAUUCACCUGAAUGAAGAAAUAAAAACGCUAAAUAUGACAAAGGCCGGCAUUAUGCAGAAAGUUAAUAUUCAAAACAACUCCAUGGAAAACUUAAACAAACAGGUAGAAAGUUUGAAAACCAUAGAGAAAAAACAAAACAUGGAUAUCUACAACUUAACUAUAAAGUUCGUUAACUAUAUUUCAUAUGAAAAAUUAUUCUACAUUGAUAACGCGUUGCAUCCCGUUGUAGCACAAAUCACGGAAAAAGUACUUAUCCUUGUAAAUGCAACGUUCUUCUUAAAACAGGAGAAUCAAGAUAUUAAUCGCAAUAUUGCAAAUUUUAUAAGUCACUCUAACAACACGAUCAAGAGCUUCAAAUGGUCAAUACUCUGCUCUAGCACUUCUGCACAGCAGGGUUGUGCUGGCGUUACUGUUUUACAAGGAGAGGAUAAGAAGCAAAAUAAUAAACUUCUCGAAGCAGAAAAAAAGGUGAACGAAACAAUAUUUGCGCUUCAGCAAAAUGUAAAUGAAACAAGAGCAUAUGACGCAACAUUGGACAAGCAAAACACUAUGGUGAGAUUGAAAUAUUUUGCAACUGUUCAAAAUAGACAUAUAGACAGUUUUUACAACUUAAUCAUAGAAUUAAAAAAGCAGAUGAAUGAAAGUGUCAACACAACCAAAACAUUGCAAAAUUCGAUUAAAGUUUUGGAAUUUCAACAAGUAAAUACAUCAGCUGGAUUUAGAACUGAGAUCAAUGGUCUAAAAACUAAAGUUAAAGACUACAACUUUGACCUAGUGGCAAAACUAUCAUACACAAGGUACAAUGAUUCAAUGUAUGUUUUCUCGAGGACCAAGAAAACAUGGCUGGACGCGGAGAGGUAUUGUAUCAGCGUUAAUGGACACUUGGCAAGCAUUCUAUCCGCUGACGAAAAUGCAUUUCUUAAAACUCAAAUGAAUAAUAGACGUGAUGAGAGUGAAUUUAAAUGGAGUGAUGGUUCUUCUGUUACUUACAAAAAUUGGGACGCUGGUGAACCUAACAACUUACGUAAUGAAGACUGUGCAUCAAUGCUCAAAUCUGGCCUUUGGAAUGAUCUGUUUUGUUCAAGCAAAGAGGAAUAUUUUGUUUGCAAGAUGUCCUCCUAA